AUGAUUACUUAAGCGAAUGAAAUUGAUCCUCUAAAGUUAGAAACCAAAAGAAAGGUAACCAAGCCAGUAUCCUAUUUGUAACUUUACAGAUUUGCCAAUCAAAUGGAUUAUGUGUGGAUAGUAAUAAGCAUUAUUGGAGCAAUAUGCAAUGGUUUAUCAAUGCCAAUAUACUCAAUUAUUUUUGGGAAUCUGACUGACUCCUUUGCGUAUGAGGAUGCCGAAACCAAACUAAACAAGGCUGGUCUUAAUACCAUUUACAUGUUUGUGUUGGGAAUCUGCACUCUUUUGGUGACUCUGAUUAUGUAUACAACAUUCUCAAUAACAUCAGAAAAUUAAACCAAAAGAUUGAGAAGACAAUACUUAAAAUCACUUUUGACGAAAUAAGUGAAAUGGUACGACGAAAUAAACGCAAAUUCCUUAAAUACAAAAGUGAAUUCAGAAAUCUUAGCAAUAUCAGAUGCCAUUGGGGACAAGGUUAUUACAUUCGGAUUUUCAAUUGCAACAUUCUUGAGCGGUUUUUUAGUAGGAUAUAUUAAAGGAUGGAAACUAGCUCUGGUGAUUACAUCUGCUCUUCCUGUAUUAGCUAUUACUAUUGCCCUUAUUGGUAUAUCAGCAUCAUGGAGAGAGUAAUUCAUUUAAAAAUCGGAUAUUGAAUCCUCAUCCUUAGUUGAAGAAGUAUUAAGUUCAAUUAAAACUGUUAAAACACUAGAUGGUGAAGAAUUCGAGUCUGAAAAAUUUAGGAGAGUCAUAUUACAUUCAUCCAAAUCCAUAAUUAAAUAUGGAUUGUAUUAUGGGCUUGCUUUUGGAUCGAUGUGUGGUGUUUAAUAGUUUACCUACGCUCUCGGUAUUUUCUACAGUGGAGUGCUGAUUGCCCCUGAUUACUCAGGUCCCAUAUAUACUUCAGGGAGUAUUUGUACUAUUUUUAUAUCUGUAUUGAUGGGAAGUUUGUCAUUGGGUAAGAUUGGUCCAUGUCUAUCAUGUUUUGCAAAGGGGAAAUUAGCUGCGAUGGAAGUAUUUCAAGUAAUUGAUGAGAGUCAAGAACAGGAGGUGAAAAAUAAUUAAGUAAGUUUUGAAAAUCUUGAUGGUGAUAUCAAACUUUAAAACAUUUAAUUUAGUUAUCCAUCAAAGCCAGAUCACGUUGUAUUGAAGAAUAUCUCAUUUGUAAUACCACAAGGAAAGAAAAUAGCUUUAGUAGGUGAAAGUGGUUCUGGGAAGUCUACAAUUGGCUAGCUCCUUUUGAAAUUCUAUGAAAUUGAAAAUGGGUAGAUUUUAAUAGGAGCAGAUCAAAUUCCUUUGAGUUAAAUUGAUACACAUUAAUUCAGAUAGCAAAUUUCCAUUGUUUCGUAAGAACCAGCCUUAUUUAAUACCACAAUACGUGAAAAUCUAAAGUUGGGCAACUAAAGAGCAACAGAUGAGGAAUUGAUAACAAUGUUAAACUUGAUGAAUUCAUCGGAAUUAGUAGAUCAUUUGGAUACAAAUGUGGGAUUUAAUGGGAAUCAAUUCAGUGGUGGUUAAAAAUAACGUAUAGCUUUGGCUAGAGCACUACUUCAAAACCCAAAAAUUCUUAUUUUAGAUGAAGCUACUAGUGCUUUAGACAGAACAAAUGAAUCAUUAAUAACUAGAAUUAUUGAUGAGAAAUUCAACAAAACCACAAGAAUUGUAAUAGCUCACAGAUUGUCUACAGUAUAAGACAGUGAUAAUAUCAUUGUAUUUAAUUAAGGAGAAAUCAUAGGGUAAGGCACUCAUAAUGAAUUACUAUAAAAUUGUGAACAUUACUCCUAUUUGAUAUCCAAAUAAUAAUAGAAAGAAGAGACUGGUUUUGGAACUCUAACGUUUUUAGACAUGGAAACAUAAAGAAAGAUACCUGGAGGAUCACUAAGUAAAAUAAUUAGUUAAGAGAAUAAUUAAUUUGAAAAAUCUAAAGUGUAGGUCAUAAACACUUAGGUUGAUGUAAAAUAAUAGUUAGAUAAGGAGUGUAAUGAAGAAGUGAAAGUAGAAGCAGCAGAGAAUGGAUCAGAGUUGUCAUUUUGGAAAAGCAUUAAGAGUUUAAUAAUGUUAAAUUAUAAAGAAUUACCAUAUCUUAUAAUUGGAUCUAUAGCAGCACUAGGAAAUGGAUCGAUUUACCCAAUAUUUUCAUAAAUUUUAGCUGAUGUUAUAGAUAAUUUAUUGAUUCAUAAUCCUCAAAGAGUCAAUUCCAUUAAGGAUGAAAAUGAGAGAUAACAAUUUAUUAUUGCUUUAGAUGAUACUAUUAAAAACAGUGCUACUACACUACUUAUAUUAGGGUUUAUAUAUUUCGUAACCAGUACUUUAGAAUGCUUUUGUUUCAGUGUCUAUUCAGAACGCUUAACUAUUAGAAUGAAAAAUGAAAUUUAUUAGAAAUUUUUAAGACUUCCAAUCAGCUUUUAUGACAACCCAAAUCAUAAUAUAGGUUUCUUAACUCCUAAAGUAACCAAUGAUACCAGAGUAGUUUAAUAAUUCUUUCAAAAUAUCAUAGGAUUUAAAUGUCAAUAUUAUUCAGCAAUCAUAGUAGGAUUUGCCUUAUCAUUUGUAUCAUCAUGGAAAUUAACACUAUUGGCUGUUGGUUUGGCUCCAAUAUCAUAUAUAGGGGGAUGCUUAAGUGAAAGCAAUCAUUUGCCCAAAAGGCAUAUAUCAAAUAGUAACAAGUUGUUGAUGGAUACUUUAACCAAUAUUAGGACAGUCUAUUCAUUAAGAGCAGAGACCUUUAUAGUCAAUUAAUAUGCCAACCAAUUAGAAGGGCCUCCUAAAUAAGUCAAAAAGUUUGGUGCCUAAGUUGGGUUCAGUUCUGGGUAUGCCUAAAUGAAACCAUUUUUUGUUAAUGGGUAUUUAUUCUUGAUGGGAACCCUUCUGAACAUAUAUGAUGAUCUCCCAAUUUUGGCUAUUUAUUAAACCAUUCUAGCCAUUAUAUUUUCUGUUGUUGGAGGGGCCAAAACUAUUUAUUUUUAAUCGGAUAAUAAUAAAACCAAGAAUUCAAUUGCCUAUUACUUUAGUCUGUUAGAGACUGAAGAUGAAUAUUAAAGAGAAUAGAAAUUCUAACAUCCAAGAAUUAAAAGAAACAUCCUUGGUAAUAUUGAAUUUAAGAAUGUUAUCUUUUCUUAUCCAUAAAGACCAAACAUAAUUGUUUUGAAAAAUUUAAGUAUUAAAAUUGAUGCAGGCCAUAAUGUUGGUUUAGUUGGAUGUUCUGGUUGUGGUAAAUCAACAAUAUUCUAACUUCUUUUCAGACUUUAUGAUGUUAAUUCUGGAGAAAUUACAGUGGAUGGUGUAUCAAUAUAUGACUACGAUCUCAGAUUUCUUAGGUAAUAAAUCUCGAUUGUUUCUUAAGAGCCGUAACUCUUUAAUGAGUCUAUUGCUUAUAAUAUUAAAUACAAUUAAACCAAUGCUACUGAAGAGGAUAUCAUUUAAAAAUCAAAAUUAUCACAUGCUUAUGAAUUCAUUAUGGAUGAACAAUCUGAGGAUCAAACAAAUUCAGGAUUUAAUAAAAAGGUUGGUACCAAAGGUAGUCUAAUUUCAGGGGGUCAAAAAUAAAGGAUUGCUAUUUCCAGGGCGUUGUUGAGAAAUUCAAAAAUUUAUUUAUUUGAUGAGUCAACAAGUGCUUUAGAUUCUAACGUUGAAUCUUUGGUAUAGUAAUAAUUGGAAGAAUGUCUUAAAGAAAAGACUUCCAUUGUAAUAGCUCAUAGGAUGUCUACAAUAAAGAAUUGUAAAAUCAUUUAUGUAUUUGAUAAGGGAUAAAUUAUUGAGCAAGGCAAUUAUGGCCAUUUAGUUAACUUAAAAGGCCAUUUUUACAAGUUAGAACAAGGUCUUUUAAAUCAGAAUCAGGAGGAGCCCAUCACUUCCCAUUAGGUUUUAAAUUGA